AUGGAGCCCCGCAAAACCCCUCCAGAGUACUUCCUGGAGAUCUUCGCCGACACAACCACAGUGCGCGAUGUGCUGAAAGGCGUCCUGAACCUAAUCUUCUUCCACCGCUACUUCCCAUCUAUUCGACCCGUUACCUUUGAUGUAUUGGACUUUACAUUACCCGCGAUCAACGAUGCGGACUUGGAGACGCUGAUCGAGUCUCGUGUUAGCGCCCUUGUUCGGCAGCACCUCUCUUCCGCAGGGGGGAAGAUGGCAAAGUUGGCGCGGGUGGGGGUGCGUCGAUCGGGACUUUGGUUUGGUGGAUUGGCUGGGAAAGGGGAGGAGGAGGUAUGCUGGGAGAUAUGGACGUUGGAUGUGACGAUUGCCACGCCGCGGACGGAUUCCGAACGAGCCAAGGUUCGCAAGGCGAUGGGAAAUAUGCUUCAGAAAGCGGCGUUGAAGAUCCUGGCGGUCGUUAAUCGGGAUAAGGAUCACAUACCGCCUAUUACGACGAGUGAUUCCAAUCCAUUCCCGUACCGCAUUGUUGUUAACCCGCGGACGGACGGUUGGGGAAACCGCAUUGGGUUGUACUAG